AUGGCACCUGCUGCGGAGAGCUGCGGUCCCGGGCGGGCGUACGGGAAGAGGAGGCCCCCCAAGAAGCUGGUGCCGCUGGCCUACAAGCACUUCAGUCCCAUCGUGGCUGAGAAGACGCUGGGGGCGAGCGGGAGGCCGGAGGGAAAGAUCACGAGGAGUUCAGACAGGUUCAAAGAGCUGACGCCGAAUUAUAAUACAGAUAUCAUCUUUAAGGACGAGGAGGAUACUGGAGCGGACCGCCUCAUGACGCAGCGCUGCAAGGACAAGCUGAACUCUCUGGCCAUCUCUGUGAUGAACAUGUGGCCCGGAGUGAAGCUCAGAGUGACCGAAGGCUGGGACGAGGACGGACACCACUCUGAGGACUCGCUGCACUACGAGGGCCGAGCCGUGGACAUCACCACCUCCGACAAGGACAAAAAUAAGUAUGCCAUGUUGGCCCGACUGGCCGUGGAGGCGGGCUUCGACUGGGUCUACUACGAGUCCAAGGCCCACAUCCACUGCAGCGUCAAGUCAGAGCACUCGGUCGCUGCUAAGACAGGCGGUUGUUUCCCGGGCGACGCCUUAGUGUCUCUGGCAGACGGUGGGACAAAGAGAAUGAGUGACAUUGUCCCUGGAGACAUGGUUCUGUCGUCCAGCGCAGACGGCCUGGGACCCCUGACCUACAGUCCUGUGCUGUCCUUCAUGGACCGCCAGCCUCACACCAACAAGACUUUCUACGUCAUCAACACGAGUGACGGAGCCAGCAUCUCGCUCACCGCAGCUCACCUCAUCUUUGUGUCGGACUGCACAAAGCACACUCUAAGGACGGCGUUUGCCAGUGACGUCAGAGCGGGACAGUGCGUGGUCACGGCACAGGGCAGCCGCGGGGCAAACAUGUCCGCCGUGGUGUCCUCAGUGACCCAGAGGAGGAGCAGUGGCCUGUACGCUCCUCUGACCGAGCACGGGGCUAUAGUGGUGGACCAUGUGCUGGCCUCCUGCUACGCGGCGCUCAACAGGCCGCAGCUCGCUCACCGGGCUCUAGCUCCACUCAGACUGCUCCAUGGACUACUGCCCCUUGGGUCAGGGGAGCCGGGGGUGGGGGUUCACUGGUACGCUCGGCUGCUGCAGUGGCUGGGGAGGAGCUUGCUGCCAGACAGACUCUUCCACCCACUGGGGAUAGAGGCGUAG